CUCUCGGGUAGGGGGAAAGGGGGCGGGGAGCAGAGGUGUCCCUCUGACGGCGGCAGAAGAGAGGCAGACAGACUGACAGACACGUAGACCAACAGUGCGGCCCCAGGGUUCGUCCCCAGACUCCCUCGCUCAUUUGUUGGCGACUGGGGCUCAGCGCAGCGAAGCCCGAUGUGGUCCGGAGGCAGUGGGAAGGCGCGGGGCUGGGAGGCCGCGGCGGGAGGGAGGAGCAGCCCCGGCAGGCUCAGCGCUUACGCCCCGCCUCUGGUGGCUGCCUAAAACCUGGCGCCGGGCUAAAACAAACGCGAGGCAGCCCCCGAGCCUCCACUCAAGCCAAUUAAGGAGGACUCGGUCCACUCCGUUACGUGUACAUCCAACAAGAUCGGCGUUAAGCCGCCGCCGAAUCAUGUCGAUGAGUCCAAAGCACACGACUCCGUUCUCAGUGUCUGACAUCUUGAGUCCCCUGGAGGAAAGCUACAAGAAAGUGGGCAUGGAGGGCGGCGGCCUGGGGGCUCCGCUGGCGGCGUACAGGCAGGGCCAGGCGGCACCGCCGGCCGCGGCCAUGCAGCAGCACGCCGUGGGGCACCACGGCGCAGUCACCGCCGCCUACCACAUGACGGCGGCGGGGGUGCCCCAGCUCUCGCACUCCGCCGUGGGGGGCUACUGCAACGGCAACCUGGGCAACAUGAGCGAGCUGCCGCCGUACCAGGACACCAUGAGGAACAGCGCCUCUGGCCCCGGAUGGUACGGCGCCAACCCAGACCCGCGCUUCCCCGCCAUCUCCCGCUUCAUGGGCCCGGCGAGCGGCAUGAACAUGAGCGGCAUGGGCGGCCUGGGCUCGCUGGGGGACGUGAGCAAGAACAUGGCCCCGCUGCCAAGCGCGCCGCGCAGGAAGCGCCGAGUGCUCUUCUCGCAGGCGCAGGUGUACGAGCUGGAGCGACGCUUCAAGCAACAGAAGUACCUGUCGGCGCCGGAGCGCGAGCACCUGGCCAGCAUGAUCCACCUGACCCCCACGCAGGUCAAGAUCUGGUUCCAGAACCACCGCUACAAAAUGAAGCGCCAGGCUAAGGACAAGGCGGCGCAGCAGCAACUGCAGCAGGACAGCGGCGGCGGCGGGGGCGGCGGGGGCGCCGGGUGCCCGCAGCAGCAACAGGCUCAGCAGCAGUCGCCGCGACGUGUGGCGGUGCCGGUCCUGGUGAAAGACGGCAAACCGUGCCAGGCGGGUGCCCCCGCGCCGGGCGCCGCCAGCCUACAAGGCCACGCGCAGCAGCAGGCGCAGCAGCAGGCGCAGGCAGCGCAGGCGGCGGCAGCGGCCAUCUCCGUGGGCAGCGGUGGCGCUGGCCUUGGCGCACACCCGGGCCACCAGCCAGGCAGUGCAGGCCAGUCUCCGGACCUGGCGCACCACGCCGCCAGCCCCGCGGCGCUGCAGGGCCAGGUAUCCAGCCUGUCCCACCUGAACUCCUCGGGCUCGGACUACGGCACCAUGUCCUGCUCCACCUUGCUAUAUGGUCGGACCUGGUGAGAGGACGCCGGGCCGGCCCUAGCCCAGCGCUCUGCCUCACCACUUCCCUCCUGCCCGCCACACAGACCACCAUCCACCGCUGCUCCACACGCUUCGACUUUUCUUAAGAACCUGGCCGCGUUUAGACCAAGGAACAAAAAAACCACAAAGGCCAAACUGCUGGACGUCUUUCUUUCUUUUUUUCCCCCCCUAAAAUUUGUGGGUUUUUUUUUUUUUUUAAGAAAAUAAAAACAACCAAGCGCAUCCAAUCUCUUAAGGAAUCUUUAAGCAGAGAAGGGCAUAAAACAGCUUUGGGGUUGUCGUUUUUGGCGAUUCAAAUGGGUUUCCCACGCUAGGGCGGGGCACAGAUUGGAGAGGGCUCUGUGACAUGGCUCUGGACUCUAAAGACCAAACUUCACUCUGGGCACACUCUGCCAGCAAAGUGGACUCGCUUGUAAAUACCAGGAUUUUUUUUUUUUUUUUUUUUUUUUUGAAGGGAGGACAGGAGCUGGGGAGAGGAAAGAGUCUUCGACAUAACCCACUUGUCACUGACACAAAGGAAGUGCCCCCUCCCCAGCACCCUCUGGCCGCCUAGGCUCAGCGGUGACUGCCCUCCGCGAAAAUUGUUUGUUUGAUGUGAACUUGUAGCUGUAAAACGCUGUCAAAAGUUGGACUAAAUGCCUAGUUUUUAGUAAUCUGUACAUUUUCUUGUAAAAAGAAAAACCACUCCCAGUCCCCAGCCCUUCACAUUUUUUUAUGGGCAUUGACAAAUCUGUGUAUAUUAUUUGGCAGUUUGGUAUUUGCGGCGUCAGUCUUUUUCUGUUGUAACUUAUGUAGAUAUUUGGCUUAAAUAUAGUUCCUAAGAAGCUUCUAAUAAAUUAUACAAAUUAAAAAGAUUCUUUUUCUGAUUAAAA